AAGUCGAGCCUCACGGAACGAAUGACCGUUCUAUUCAGUCACCAAUCUCAAAAAAUUACUUAUGGCGAAUGGAUGGAUCUCAUAACGCUCUGCCUCGCUCCUCUACUUGUUCAUAUAAUAGCCGGCGUACCCACUCCUACCAUUCUCACAUCAAAGAAGCUUAGCUGGCACGACAAAUUUGGUUUUUACAAUCCAACUUCAAUCAUGUGGCGCUAUUUCGCAAUCCUAGAUCGGCGCGUCCGGGCUAAAUCGUGGAGUGCAAUGGAAAUGGCAGCUUCAAAUGCCGUAUUCUGGACGGACGGAGGCUGGAAUGGAAGUGAAUACAUGAUCUGGUCGAGUCGUUUGCAUUGUCGAAUACCCCCGUCGCAAACCCACAUCGACAUCAUAUCCGGUUCUGCGGCGGCAACCCUGGUAGUAGCGUUGCAGGGAAUCUCAGCCAUAUAUGCGCUCUUGAUGGGAGUAAUCUUCCCGAAGUCCUACUCAUAUGGAGACACGGUCUCGAUCAGCAAGGUCUUUAUCCCGUUGACUAUAUUCGGGCUAUUUCGGCUACCAAUCGCGUUUUGGUUGAGCGACGACUACAAGUUCUCCUUUUCCAAAUCAGCGACAGCAAACGCCAGUAUCUCCAUCGAGCGCCUCUCUGAGGCAGAAAUGUUAACUUCGGACGGCGAACAAGAAGAAGGAGCCUUUCAUCGGACUUCCUCUUGGCGUGGCUAUCUGCAUCGAACGAUUUUCAUGGGCAUAUUGGUCGCUCUUUGGGGAAUCACGAUGUACUACAUCUCCCCCUGAACGGCGGAAAAUUCACCUCAACAAAUUUAUUCAUCAAUUCCUUCUACCUGCUUUGGUUGAGCACGACUAUAGCCAUAAUGGGGACGUACUUUUAGAUCGGGGAUUCGUCGUCUACUAUCAUCCCUUGUGUCAGUACGACAUGGUAUAAACUGUACACGAGCUUUUUGUUCGCGUUGAUCAUUGGAAUCAUGGUAGUCGCGGGCUUAGAGACGAGAAAAGCAGCAUGUGGU